GCCGUGCCGCGCAGCCCGCGAGGGAAGCCGGGGCUCGAACAGGCGGCGGCGGGCGGAGGAGGAGGAAGAGCAGGAGGAGGAGACCGCGGAGGAAAGGUGUCAGAUAAAGGAGGGCUCGCCUCCUCCGGGUCGGAGGCAUCAUGGCCGCUAAGUCAGACGGGAGGCUGAAGAUGAAGAAGAGCAGCGACGUGGCGUUCACCCCGCUGCAGAACUCGGAGCACUCGGGCUCCGUGCAAGGGCUGGCUGCGGGCUUGCCGUCGGGGUCGGGGGCCGAGGACGAGGAGGCGGCGGGAGGCGGCUGCUGCCCGGACGGCGGCGGAUGCUCGCGCUGCUGCUGCUGCUGCGCGGGGAGCGGCGGCGGCUCGGUGGGCUCGGGCGGCCCGGGCGGAGGCGCUGGCGGCGGGGCGGGCUCGGCGGCGCUGUGCCUGCGCCUGGGCCGGGAGCAGAGGCGCUAUUCGCUGUGGGACUGCCUCUGGAUCCUGGCCGCCGUGGCCGUGUACUUCGCGGACGUGGGCACGGACAUCUGGCUCGCCGUGGACUACUACCUGCGUGGCCAGCGCUGGUGGUUCGGGCUCACGCUCUUCUUCGUGGUGCUCGGCUCGCUUUCGGUGCAGGUGUUCAGCUUCCGCUGGUUCGUGCACGAUUUCAGCACCGAGGACAGCGCCACGACCGCGGCCAGCUGCCCGCAGUCCGGAGCCGACUGCAAGAGCGUGGUCACGGGCGGCGGCGGCGGCGGCGGGGCUGCAGCUGGAGAAGGUGAGGCUCGUCCUUCCACACCACAAAGGCAAGCGUCCAACGCCAGCAAGAGCAACAUCGCCGCCGCCAACAGCGGCAGCAACAGCAGCGGGGCCACUCGGGCCAGCGGCAAACACAGGUCUGCAUCCUGCUCCUUCUGCAUCUGGCUCCUGCAGUCACUCAUCCACAUCUUGCAGCUCGGGCAAAUCUGGAGAUAUUUUCACACAAUAUACUUAGGUAUCCGGAGCCGACAGAGUGCAGAGAAUGACCGGUGGAGGUUUUACUGGAAAAUGGUGUAUGAGUAUGCCGAUGUGAGUAUGCUGCAUUUGCUAGCCACCUUUCUGGAGAGUGCUCCACAGCUGGUCCUGCAGCUCUGCAUUAUCGUACAGACUCAUAGCUUACAGGCCCUCCAAGGUUUCACAGCAGCAGCCUCCCUCGUGUCCUUGGCUUGGGCCCUGGCCUCCUACCAGAAGGCCCUGCGGGACUCUCGAGAUGAUAAAAAGCCCAUCAGCUACAUGGCCGUCAUCAUCCAGUUCUGCUGGCACUUCUUCACCAUUGCCGCCAGGGUCAUCACAUUCGCCCUCUUUGCCUCAGUUUUCCAGCUGUACUUUGGGAUCUUCAUCGUCCUCCACUGGUGCAUCAUGACCUUCUGGAUCGUCCACUGUGAGACAGAAUUCUGUAUCACCAAAUGGGAAGAGAUUGUGUUCGACAUGGUGGUGGGGAUCAUCUAUAUCUUCAGUUGGUUCAACGUCAAGGAAGGCAGGACACGCUGCCGGCUGUUCAUUUACUAUUUUGUGAUCCUUUUGGAAAACACAGCCUUGAGUGCACUCUGGUACCUCUACAAAGCUCCCCAGAUUGCAGAUGCAUUUGCCAUCCCCGCGCUGUGCGUGGUGUUCAGCAGCUUUUUAACUGGUGUUGUUUUCAUGCUGAUGUACUAUGCCUUCUUCCAUCCCAAUGGGCCCAGAUUUGGGCAGUCACCAAGUUGUGCUUGUGAAGACCCUGCCACUGUCUUCUCUCUGCCUCCAGAAGUAGCCACAAGCACCCUUCGGUCCAUCUCCAACAACCGCAGUGUUGCCAGUGACCGAGAUCAGAAAUUUGCAGAGCGAGAUGGAUGUGUACCUGUGUUUCAGGUGAGACCAACUGCCCCAUCCACCCCAUCAUCUCGACCACCACGGAUUGAAGAAUCGGUCAUUAAAAUUGACCUGUUCCGGAAUAGGUACCCAGCAUGGGAGAGACAUGUGUUGGACCGAAGCCUGAGAAAGGCCAUCUUAGCCUUUGAAUGCUCACCGUCUCCUCCAAGGCUGCAGUACAAAGAUGAUGCCCUUAUUCAGGAGCGGUUAGAAUAUGAAACCACUUUAUAAUACAAAACGACUGGCAUGAGCCACAAUGUCCACAUGAAGAGGUGACAACUGGGCUGUGGCAAUAAUGACAUGUCAUCCUAGAGUAGGGCAAUGAGCUACAGUGUUCUUAGUCUGACCGUUAUCAUGAUAUGGUUUGAUCUUCCAUCAGCUGCCUGCCUGUUGCUGCUCGCCAUUCAAGCCAGCAGUACUGAAAGUCUCUUCACUCACCUGAAGGGGCAAUACCAGCGUAGUGCGACUGUUGCUACCAAAUUCCUCCAGCAUAACUCGGAGCACAUCCACCAGAGGGUACUAUUAUUAUGAAAAAUUUUGCCUCUAAUCACUCGGGUAGGGUAUUUUGAUGGAGUUUACUGAUUUGUGAAUACACACACAUACACACACACACACACACACACACACACACACACACACACACCAGUCCUCUGUCAAAAUAUCUUGUGGGAUUUUCCUGAAUGCAAAAUACAAAGCUCUGAUUCCUAUAGGAAUAGAAGAACAAAGAGAGAGAGAGAAUAUAUUCCUCAAGACUCCAGGAAAAAAGCACUGCUUAGAAAAGAAUUUACAAUCGUUUUCUUAUUUAGAAACCAAUGCCAUGUGUGGGAAAGCCUGUAUAAUGGACAGCAAACUCAAGUGUUUACACAUGUAUCCACAUUGAUGGAAUGAUUUCUCUUCUACAUAUUUCAGGAUUUAUUUUUUAGUUUAGGUUUUCAGUUGAGAACAUCCUUUAUGACAGAAAUCCUAUGCAGCACAUGUAUGGCUUUCGACAAGACCAAGGAGCUUGAACACUCCACAUUGUAAAUUAAAUGCUAACCAUGAUUCAGUAUUCAACUGCAAAAAUUUAAUACAUCCACAAAGAGAGAUUGGGGGAGGGACAGAAUGCAAGUCUGAUUCCCAGGUAUGUGCAACUCACAGUGGAAGGCACCAUGAGAGGCACAGGAGAAGAGGCCAGAACCAGGUCUGCUUUCAGAUGCAGAAAGAUGUUUGCUGAGUUUGCAUAGACAGGUGUGAUUCCAGAAAAGCAUGCCACAUCUUUCUAGUGCCAAACUCCAUCCAACCAUAGAACUGUCAUGGAAGUCCCCAGAACUGACAACUAAUGGUGUACCCCCCCCAAAAAAAAAAAGCAGACAAGAGAAGAACCAUCAAGUUCUCCACUAUGUGCAGACUCCUAG